AUGCUAAACGUUAGCAGGAUGCAGAGCAUGUUCUAUCAAGACGGGGAGCUGAUCCCAGAGCCAGAAUACGACCCUCGUCAAGUCUCGAAUUGGGUCAAUGUCUUCGUCCAAGCCUCCGAUCAUGAAUUUGACGAUGAAACCAUUAUGCGAACCGUCUCCAUGAAGAUCCACAAUGGUGCAGGUACUAUCUCCUCUCUGCCAGAGCACCACAAUCGCGCUCUUUGCGUAUCAAUCAAAGCCCCAGGCGAGUACAACUCCGACAAGGCUUCUAUCUUCGCCGCUGCCGAGCUGCAGUCGGAUUUCUAUCGUCAGGAGAUUCGCACUGGUCGUGUUCGCAUCAACCGAGAGCUGCUUUUCCGCCGCGAUGACUAG